AUGAGUUACCAAAAUCGAGUUGAUGCCGCUCAGAUGGAGUUAACGAGGUUGACUUGUGAAGCAAACUCUCUGCUAUCUUCAGUUGAGCAGAGGAAACGUGAGAUAGACAACGAAGAAAGGAAACUACAGAAAGCAAAUCUUUCUCAGCAGCAGCUUGUCGAGCUCAAUAAACAAAUCAGUAGUGUUGAGUCAUUACUAUCGGAACUGCCGGUCAUUGACGAGGAACGAACCGAAGACUUGCGGAGCCAGCGACAAGUGCUUCAGAAGGAGGUUGAUGUUUUGAAAGAACAGUGCCGGAUGGCGGAAAAGUUUGCUGAAACUGAAGGUGUCAUUGAAAGAAAGAGGGCACAAAGGGACGAAGUUAAGCGAGAACUGGAUACGCUCAUGAAGAAGCAUUCUGAUACAUUAAGUGUCGAAUUCGGAAGCGUUAUCGAAGGUCCCUGGAGUGUUGCGGUGAACGCCAAAUUAAAGUCCGAGGAAGAGUCGAACGCAUCCAUGGAAAACGACCUGAGGACGAAGGAAAGAGAUCUUGAUCGAAUAAGUCAAUCUCUGCAGCAAGCCAUCAAUACAGAAAAGCAACUUGUUGGCGAAGUAGAACAACUGCGGGAGAAAAUAUCCGAGCUCUGCGAAUGUGCUCCUCAAGAUGUUGGCGAUAAUCUAUCAGAGACACGUCUUCUACUCUCGAAAUCGAGAAGGGAGCUCGCUGCUCUGCGAACUAAAGCAACGCUGUAUGAGUCUUGGAGUGAGGAGGUGACAAAGCGUUCUUGUUGUCCACUUUGUGAGCGUCGCUUCACUUCGAAAACAGGUGCUAUUGAAUUAUCAGGAAAGCUGUUGGAUAUGAGUCUAGCGGUUCCUGACGAUAUUGAGCGACUAGAGCGACAAGUUCAAGAGGCAGAGGAAAAGGAGAGGCGGCUUGCCAGUGCGCUUAUUCAUGUUGAACAGUGCAAGAAAAUAAUGGAUGGUAAGGUGAAAGUCGUGAGAAAGGAGGUUAGUGACUACAACAAAGAAGAAGAGUCUCUCACUGAAGAGCUGGAAAGGCUCCGAACGGCUUAUGCGGCUGAAAGUUCUUCUUUCAAGCGCUUGCUAGAUGUUAAGGCGGAUGUGUCCUUGAUGGACUCACUACUGACCACAGUACGAUCACUCAGUGAGCAAAUCGAUGAGCUUUCUAAAGAUCUAGGUAGUAAUCCGACCGAUGUUUCAUUAUCGACAAUGAAGAAGGAGCUGACUGAAAAAGAAGAAAGCAUUUCUUCUUUGAGCAGUCAAAUAGAAAACUUCCAUCUUGCCUUAUCGGAAAGGAAUCGAUUGACUUCUAAGGUGAGGUUUGCCUGUGAUGAAGAAACAGCUGAUCUUGUACAAUAUCCCCGAAAAGCAAUUGCAUUUAUUCGAUAUCUGCAAAAGCCUUAA